ACUCCCGUGCGUGCCUUUUAAAGGGAAAAAAAACUCUGUUUCGGAUAUGAAGGGUUAUCUGGGAUUUUGGGAAAAGAAUCUCCCAAAUUUGGUGAGCAAAUGAAUUUGACAGCUGCGUUGUUGAUUCUCAACUUGAAGUGUGAAGAAGGGCAGGACAAAAGAGGAGGUGGGGCGGCGAGAGAGGUAGUUUUGGGGAUGGACAAAGGAGGAGGAGCCCCAGACUCUCCGUCUCCGGCUCCUCAGCACCUCAUUCACAAAUUAACAUUCCUGCUGCUGCUACUAUUAAUACCAUAACUAAGGUAACUACAUCAAAGGAGUUGUUUGCCUUUGUUCCCCCUAAACCCUCAUGUCACUCCGAUAACAACCAACACGAAGAUGACAAACUUGUCCCCCAUCCACGCUCCGGUACUAAGCUUCCACUCAAACAGUCCAUGACUCUCCCACAUCCACUCCACAGCUGUGAGCAGGGUGAUGGACCUCCAAAUCAUUAUCAUCAUGAUCAUUCAAAAGAUGAUGAGUCAUGGUUACCGGACAAAAGCAAGCUAGAGCUUGUCCUGGACACAUUGCAAAGGAGAGAUACAUAUGAUAUAUUUGCUGAGCCGGUGGAUCCCAGUGAGGUUGAAGAGUAUUAUGAAAUCAUCAAAGAGCCAAUGGAUUUUGGUACAAUGAGAGCUAAACUUCAUGAAGGCAUGUACAAGAAUCUUCAGCAGUUCGAGCAUGACGUAUAUUUGAUAUUUGGGAACGCUAUGCAUUUCAAUUCAUCAGCCACCGUGUAUUUCAGACAGGCUCGUGCUUUGGAGGAUCUAGCGAAAAAGCUUUUCUUUGUCCUGAAAACUGAUACUGAAAAUUUCAAAGUGGACUAUACUACAAUAAGGCGAAGAUCAAGUAGAAGAUUUGAUGGUGAACAUAAUGGUUUGACUUUUGGCUCAUACCGGAAACUACAAAGGCACUUGGAAUCCUAUGGCAUUAGUACUGAUCUUGACCGUAAAGGUUUUGGAAGACAAAGAAGAACUUGUUUGACUGGGGUUGAUCGGCGUUCUACGUACAAACCUUGGAUUCGCUUAGCAAGCUCAGCUGAUUCACCAAUAUUUUGCGACUCAAAAUCGCUUAUACGUACAAAUCAGGAGGAAAUCAGAUACAAAGAAAGCUUACUGUUGUUUGUUAAAGAUUUGGGACCUACUGCUCAUAGAGUUGCCAGUAACAAAUUACAAGGACUAUGGAUGCAAGCCUCCUCCUGUAGUAGGAGGUCUAGUAUAAAUGAUUGGGACAAUUCUUCAACCUGCAAUUCUCUAGCCCCUGCUGCCUCGUCUUCUGUUCAGAGAGAACCUAAUAAUUUUUUGUUCAGUGGUACAACAUGUCCUGCAUCUCACAAUCUGAUUGGCAUUGUAACAACCAAUGACAAAAAGAAACCUAGUGAUGUUUGCAAAAUUGGAGAAAAAUCAGCCAGAAGUUGCUUAGAUACUAAAUCUACUAUUACAUGUACAAAUCAACCAGAAGUUCAAGGCAACAUGAAAAGUAUGGCUGUUUUUGCUAGGAGACACAAACUUCACCAAAACAUCUCUUUAGGUCAGUAUGGUGAAGAUGUAGAUGCCAUAGUCCACACUGGUAGCAAGGUAAAUGAAAAUACCGAGUUGACAACACCAACGGUGCUGCAAAAAGACGGUGACAUGCUAAGCUACAGUGUGAAUACAAUGCCUUCAGCAGUGAAAGAGACGAAAUUGAAGCAAAUUCAGGCUGUCAACAACUUUGACUUAAAUCAGGUUCAGGCUAUCCCAAGUUCAAGCUAUCUAGUUAGAUGUUCUUAUAAAGAUGACAAUUUAAAGACUCACAGAGUCAUCCCUUCAUCUGCAUUGCUUGGAGCUAGCGAGUUCAAUCCUGCAGGUCAAACAACAACAGCAAUACAUGAAGUCGUGAAUUAUAUGCAGCCAUCAUCAGUGUCCAACCAAUUUCUUUUCAAUUUAAAGUCGAGGCUGAUAGACUUGAGUGAUGAUGAUUUUGAUAAUAGCUCUACCACGAUUGCUGCUGGCUACCUUCGGAGAUGAAUAGUAGCAGCCCCUUACCAAUUGCAACUAAAAUCAGCUUUGGGAAGGCAUCUGGCGGAUACACCAACCAUAAUAAAGGAGUCUGUCUUGAUAAUCAUCAUAUUACAACACCCUAUCUUAUGAAGACUCGGCUACCUCAUUUUUAUCCUUCAGCUGAUGGCAUCCCUUGCCGUCUUACCACUAAUCCUCUCAUAAAACUGCACUGCCACAGUUUUGUUCUUUUUUUUUUUUUUUUUUUUUUUUUUGGUGUUAGCACCCGGUUCACCCUUAUGGCUAAUCCGGAUUCGGGGCGAGUUCUGGGUGGAUAGGUUUCGGUCCCCUCCCAAUUGUUGUUGCGGGGGAUCGAACACGGGUUCUCCCUACCAAGUUCAGCCCCAAUCAGGUGGUGGUCUGAUGGCCGGGUUUUCUUUAUUAUGAAAUUAUGCUUUUGGAUAACAAA